UUACAAUCAGAAGGUUACAGCAAAAGCAUUUGAAAAACAAAAAACUUCAACAUGGGAGAUUUUAAGCACGGAACAUUUCAUUGCUUUGAUGAUAUUACUACAUGCCUUAUAACAUACUUUUUACCUUGUAUCACUGCUGGUAAAAAUGCUGAACAUGUAAAUGAAAACUGUUUGCUGUAUGGAUGUUUAGGUAUAACGUGUGUUGGGCCAAUAACUAGAGCCAUGAUUCGUGCAAAAAUUCGUGAAAAACACAGCAUUAAGGGAUCCUGUCCUGAAGAUUUUUUAUGUCAUUUGUUUUGCCCGUUUUGUUCUCUGGUUCAGGAAUCACUGGAAGCUCAGGACCACGGUGCCCCAAAGCUAUUACCCAUUGCCAGAGAGUAACUUUUGUUAAUAGUAAAAAAAAAAUAUUGUAGUAUUUAAAGUUAAAAGUUUUUUUUAACACA